AUGGACUCCUACGGCUACGGCGAACCCUCCAGCUCGAAUCAACCCCAGACCAUCGACGUUCCCGUCGGACCCACCAACCAGCCCAAGAUCCUCCUCCGCAAUCUCAAUGACUCCGAGGCGACUUUCCAUCUGAGCGGUACCGAGCUCGCAUUCGCCAACAGCUUGAGAAGAGUGGUCAUGGCGGAUGUGCCUACUAUCGCUAUUGACCAAGUCCUUUUCCUUCAAAACACCACUCCUCUUGCCGACGAAAUGAUCGCCCACCGUCUCGGUCUUAUCCCCCUGAUCAGCCGGGGCGUUGAAAAAGGACUGCGAUACACAAGGGAUUGUGAUUGUGAUGAAGGGUGCUAUUACUGCAUGGUGACUUUGAAGCUGAAGGUGGCGUUCAAUGGGGAUGGUUUCAUGAAGAUCACGAGUGAUAUGCUGGAGGUCAUUCCCAUCAUCAUGGACCACCGCGACAAUGAGAUGGGUAUUCCUAUUGGCAAGGGCAACGCAGCUAUUCCACCUAUAUUGAUUGCCAAGAUGGGUAAGGGUCAAUCAAUCGACCUUGUAUGCAAAGCGUACAAGGGUAUCGCCAAGCACCACGCCAAAUGGUCGCCAUUGUCAACAGUCGCGUUCGAGUACGACCCCUAUAACAAGCUGAGACAUACCACUCAUUGGUUUGAGACGGAUGAACGCGGCGAGUGGCCCCUCUCCAACAACGCCAUCUUCGAAACCCCUCCCGAGCCUAACGCCCCAUUCGACUACAACGCCGUCCCCUCCACUUUCUACUUUAACGUCGAAUCCGUCGGCUCCAUCCCUGUCCGGUCGGUCAUCGAGCAAGGCUUGGAUAUCUUGGUGGAAAACUUGGCGGGGGUCAUUUUGGCGGUGCAGAAGGAGACGGGUGGUGAUGAAGAGGAAGGAGAAGGCGGAGAGCAAGGAGGGAUUAUGGAGCCCAAUAUGCAGGGUAUGGGGGGUAUGAACGGGCACGCCGAGCAGGGGUACGGGGCAUGGUAG